AUGAAUCUCUACGCGGACGAUCUCUCUCUACUCGAUUACAACUACAACGUCUCCGGUCCCUUCGGCGAGCCGUUCUCUCACCGUUUCCUCUCUCCUGGUCCUUACUUCCACGGCGAGGACGACGAUUACCGCCGCAGUAUCAACCAUAGUCUCGGCGGAGCUUACGGCGGAGAAUCGAAUAAAGAUUCGAGGGUAUCUAAAAAACAUCGCCAUGACGGGAAGUCUCCGUUGCCUCUGGGGAUGGAUUGGAGCGCUCCUCCUCGUCAAUGGGAAGGACGGAACACUGUUUGGCCACAUGAUCCUCGAACUGGUUGGAGUUACUGUGUCACUGUCCCCUCUUGGGUUGACCUUCCCAGAUCAACUGUAUCAGAUCCUGGCGUGUUUUAUAGAGUGCAAGUGGCGAUACAAUCUCCCGAGGGAAUCACCUCCACUAGGCUCAUACUUCGAAGAUUCAAUGAUUUCUUGGAGUUAUAUUCCUCAAUUAAAAAGGAGUUUGUGAAGAAAAGGUUACCCCUGCCACCACCAAAGAAGAGACUGAGGAUGAAAAACGAGACCCUUUUGGAAGAAAGGAGGUGCUGUCUGGAAGAUUGGAUGAAUAGGCUUUUGACAGAUAUCGAUAUAUCCAGAAGCGCUCUGAUAGCAACAUUCCUUGAGCUAGAAGCUGCUGUCAGAUCUUAUUUCAAUGAUGAAUACCAAGAAAAUGAAGAUAGCUCUGGUAACAGUCAGUUGCGUCUACCUGACACCAGUUCUGAUGCUCCUGGUAGUUCAUCAGUUACCAUGGAUCAUCUCAGUGACUCUCCUGAUGAGACAUCUGAUACCUCAACAAUGAAACAUGACGAAGCUAGUCUCAAAAAUAUUGCCUCAAGGAAUUCAACUUCUGAAGAUAAUGUGACUGAUUGGCAUGAACUAAUCACAGAAUCUGGACUUCUUGAUAAGAGUCAUUUUACUGAUAGAGCUGCAGAAACCGGAGAGGCAUCAAUAUCCCGGGAAUCUAACCAAGACUCCAUGGAGAGUCAUGAUGACCCUCAUGGAAACAGUUAUGGUGCUGAUACUGAAACAGGGAAGAAUGUGGCUAUUGUAUUUCAGUCUGAGGAGAGAAGUAAGUUAAAGAGGGUUGUUGAUACGUUAGAGCAGAGACUUGAAACAGCAAAAGCUGACACGGAAGAUCUUAUCUCACGGCUAAAUCAGGAGUUAGCUGUUCGACAAUUUUUGUCAACUAAGGUAAAAGAUUUAGAGGUUGAGCUUGAAACAACUCGAGAGAGCUGCAAGCAAGGGAUGGAGCAAACAGUUCUGAAAGAAAAGGAAAGAUUUACUCAAAUUCAAUGGGAUAUGGAGGAGCUUCGCAAGCAGUGCAUGGAGAUGGAAUCAUUGUUAAACUCUAUGAAGGACGAGAAAGAACAUAUUGAGACUACAAAUGAGUCACUUGUUCAAGAAAACGAAAUGUUGCUGCAGCAGAUGGAUGAUCUAAGAGACAAGUUUGAGAAUUUGCGUAAAGAGCAUGAAGAGCUGGAGGUGAAAUCGAAAGCAGAACUUAAGGUCCUUGUCAAAGAAGUCAAGUCUCUGCGGACCACUCAAUCAGAACUGAGGGUAGAGCUUAGCCGCACGAUGAAAGAAAAGCUGGAGAUGGAGAGAGUUAUUCAACGGGAGAAGGAUAGAGAAGAGACUGCGAAAACCGCAAACAAGAAGCUGAUGCAUGAGUAUGAUGUUCUACAGAACCGUCUUCAAGAGUGCAAUGUCAAGUUCCACAUGGAAGAUGAGAGUAAAUUAGUAAUGGAAUCAUCAUCUCCAUCCGAAGCGAUGGAUCUACUAGCAACAUCUGAUAACCGCAUAGGUCUUCUAAUUGCUGAGACACAGCUUCUUUCAGAAGAAGUGGAAACAACAACAGAAGAACACGGAGGAACAGGUGAUGUAGUGAGAAAGAUGCUAACAGAGGUUCUGAUUGAUAAUGCGAGAUUAAGGAAGCAGGUUAACUCUGUUCUUCGUUGCUCUUUGUCCGGACAUGGAGUAUCAGUCAGAGAAGCUAGAUCAGAACAAGAAGAAGAAGAAGAAGAAGAUCAAGAAGGGAGUGUUGAUCUGGCAAGUAGUGUUCUAAGCAAGAUCCUUGAGAAAUGAUUUUAUUAUCAGGUUUCUUUAUCUUGUAUACUUAUGAUACGUUCCAUAGGGUCAUAGGCACGAGAGAGAAGCCAAGAAUAAAGAUGGAGGGAAAGAAACAUUCUUGUUGGCUAAAGCUUAGGUGGCAAGGCAAGGCAAAGACUCUAAUGUUAUUAGAGGCUUUGCGGUUUCAGAGUCUUCUCCUUUAAAUACGUCAUCGUUGCAUCUGUUACUGGUUAUGUUGAAUGAUGUUGUAAGUGUGAGACGCCAUGAGUCUCCCUUCAUCACGAUCGCCAUGAGAUCGUGAUUGAAUCUUCAGACACGGAUCGCCAUGAGAUCAUGAUCUGAGAUUCACUUAUUCAGCUUAUCCUUUUAUCCUUUUCGUUUGUAAACGUUGGUUUGAGUCUCAAUAAGAUCGAGAGUUCUUUACGUA